UAAUUCCACUCCUCAUUCAGAGUAUGGCAUAACCUUUGGAAAGCGGGGCGGUGACUCGUCAUCCGGGUCAAGAUGGGGAUUCCCCGGAGGCGAACAGAUAAACAGUAUAGAACAACACAUGACCCUUAAUCAUUAUGUAGUGAACUACAAAGUAGAAUCAUGGAUUUGCUUAAAGUGGAGCGUAAGAAAUUGUGGGAGAGAGAGCGAGAGAAUGUGACGAUGGAUGAUAGAUAGAUAUAGGGAGCAAAGGGAGAGAAAGUAACAGAUGGGUUUGUGAGGAUUAAGUGAAAUCUGGAUGGGUUUGUGAUAGAAACUCACCCAAGAAAGGCAGAAGCGUGAGGAAGAGAGGGAGAGAGAGUGAGAAAAGGUGAAGAAAGUUAAUCUGGUAGAGGACAGAGUGUCGAUGUCUCUGAAGGCCUUAUAUGGUGGUUGGACAGACGUUACGAGUGUGGGAUUAAACAGAUUGAUUUUGUACAGGGAGAUUAACACAGAUUAAUGAGGAUUACGGGUCUACAGAGAGGUAGACGAAUCAUUAUAUCAAAUCACAAUCUUCCUGAGAAAGCUGAGAUGCACGGGAAGAACAGAAUUUUUCCAGAGAAAAAGAAAGGAGACAGGAGAAAAUAAUUAGUGGUUCUAUAAAACGUGGUAAAAUGUAAGUGUUAUCUUCCAGGACACAACUGUAUGCCAACGAACACAUGAUAAAUCCAUGUCAUAUACUGGAAAUAUGGGAUGUAGCAUAUGGAUGUAAAAUGUAAGAAAUUCAUGAUAUAUAUUUUUCUUCCCAAAUCAAAAGCUCUCUGCCUGAUUGCCUCAGUUCAAUGACUGCUUUGAUUUGCAAAUUAUUCAUCACAAGUUGUUAUUGCGGGACCACAGCUGGAUCAGCGUGUAAAGUGUGGAGGAAUUAUCGAAAGGACUAAUUGAAGGUGACAGAGGCUAGCUAGCCCUCAUCCAAUCCAUCUGGCUCGGUGAAUAAAUCCUCCGCUCUAUUGCCCUCUUCUUCUACUUCUUCCAUCCCAUAAUUUUCUCAGUUUCCUAAUCCCACUCUGCCAUACCACCCCUUUGUCAAUCCCCCUUUCUCUACUCUAUAUCGCUCCAUUCCAUUUCCCUCAUUCUGCCUUGUCAUUGAGUCCCCCCACCGGUUCCCUCCUCAUCGUCAUCACUGCCCUCACUCUAGCUGAUCUCUCAUCUGUCAUCCCUGUACCCGUCCUCUAACCAGCCCCCAUCACCCUGUUUCACAAUCAUUAGUCUCAAGCUCCUCUUGAGACACCCCGUCUCUCCCCCGACCUCUCUCCCACCUCUGUCUCUCCAUCGGAGGGCCACUUUUUCUCUUAGCAGUGGCCCCUGUCCCACACCCACACCCAUAAGCCACCAUGCUGGAGAACAUGUCACGAUGCAACCGCUCCCUGCUCUCCUUGUCCCUGACCUCACUGGCCCUGGCAUUGUCCAUCCUGGCCUUCUGCACCUCGUACUGGUGCGAGGGGACCCACAAGGUUGCCAAGCCCCUCUGCCUCUCCCCGGUCAAGUUGAAGAACUGCGGCCAGAACAACAGCCAGCCCUACACCACAGAGACUCCCACUCUGGACCCUAAGAAGCCGUCAAACAACAUCACCUUGUCGCCCCUGGAAAAGGAAGAGCAGGCGAGGCUUCAGAAAAAGGCCCUCGCCAACGCAGUGCACUACAUCUGGGAGACAGGCGAGGAUAAGUACAUGCUGCGCUACUUCCACACAGGUUUCUGGUUGUCCUGCGAGGCACACAACGAGGAGGAGAAAUGCCGGAGCUUCAUUGAAUUGACUCCAGGAGAGACACAAGGGGUGCUGUGGCUGUCAGUAGUAUCAGAGUUUGCGUACAUAGGCCUGUUGGCCAUGGGCUUUCUCCUCAUGUGGGUGGAGGUGCUUUGUCUCUGUGCCCAUAAGGAGAUGUACGCUCUCAAGAUCAACGCCUUUGCCGCAAUAUGCACGGUCCUUUCAGGUCUGAUGGGGAUGGUGGCUCAUAUGAUGUACACCACAGUGUUCCAGAUGACUGUGAGCAUUGGGCCAAAAGAUUGGAGGCCACAGACCUGGGACUACGGCUGGUCAUUUGUUCUAGCCUGGAUCUCCUUCAGCUGCUGCAUGGCGGCGGCCGUCUUCACCCUCAACUCCUACACCAAGACGCUGAUAGAGAUGAAGCACCGCACCCGCGUUCGUCUGGAGGAGGCCCGGGCGGCCAUCCAGGCCCCCUCAUACGACGAGGUGUUGCAGGCGGCCGGGGGCGCCUGCUCAGUCAGCAGCCUGCUCCAGCACUGCAAGCAGGGGGCGAUGAUCGACCCCGGUCCGGGGGUUCCAGAUCACAGAGGGCUGGUGAUGAUGGCUGGUGGCUGUGGGACAAAGGGGUGUGAGGACUGCGAGAGAGAGAUGGAUGAGAUUGAGGAUGCACUGGAUAGGGAGGAGAUGGAGGGAGAGGACUGUGAGAGGUGUUGAAGGGAGGAGGUAGAGGUUAAAAAGAGGUUCUAGCCACCUGGAACUUAUUUUUGUCUUUUAUUUUUUACAUGUUUUGGAUUGAACUGUGAAAUGGGCUGUGCUUGAUUUCAGUAACUCAACCCCUGGACUGUGCUUGAUUUCAGUAACUCAACCCCUGGACUGUGCUUGAUUUCAGUACCUCAACCCAUAAAUUAAAUAUGAGUAGAUAAAGCUCUAAAACCACACACAGAGAUUGACAUGUAUUGUCUGGGAAGAGAUCAAUAGAGACAAUCGCUAAGAAAUGCCUGGCAUUGGCCACAUUUAACAUUUAUAUUAUUUUUAUUGUAUUGAUGGUAACCCUGUUAUUACUAUCCUGAUAUUGAUAGUAACUGUGGUGACAUUGUGAAUAAAAGUGGUUAAAGUGGAA